AUGACUGUGAUUGCAGAAGCGGACAGUGAGUAUUUCCCCCGGGCCUCCAGCCCGGCCAGGGAGAUGCUACCUGGUGAGACUGCGGAAAGUGAAGAAGGCUGGGCAGAUUCAGACGAGAGGGAGGACGGUGCUGUGGAAGGUCUGAGACAACUCAUCGCCCUGGCUUUUGUGAGAGAGAACGCUGGGCCGCAAAAGGAGCUCCAGAGUGCCCGCCAGCCAGGCAAGAAGAAGAGGAAGAAAAAGAGAUGAUUGGUGAUCAAUCUAUCCAACUGCCGGUAUGAAAGCGUGCGCAGGGCUGCCCAGCAGUAUGGCCUUCGAGAGGGAGGGGAGAAUGAAGACUGGACACUCUGCUGGACGGACUUCUCAGUGUCGCUGGAGCGGGUUAUGGAAAUGAAAAGUUACCAGAAAAUCAAUCACUUCCCUGGAAUGAGUGAAAUCUGCCGCAAGGACUUACUGGCCAGGAAUAUGAGCCGGAUGUUAAAGAUGUUCCCUAAAGAUUUCCACUUUUUUCCUAGGACCUGGUGUCUUCCCGCGGACUGGGGAGAUUUGCAGAAUUACAGCAGGUCAAAAAAAAACAAGACCUACAUUUGUAAGCCGGAUUCGGGCUGCCAAGGGAGAGGUAUAUUCAUCACGCGGAGGGUGAGAGAAAUCAAGCCAGGGGAGGACAUGAUCUGUCAGCUCUAUAUUUCAAAGCCCUUCAUCAUCGAUGGGUUCAAGUUCGACCUGCGAAUUUAUGUGCUGCUGACGUCCUGUGAUCCUCUCAGGAUUUUUGUCUACAACGAAGGAUUGGCCCGCUUCGCCACAUCAUCUUACUCCUACCCUUGCACGGACAACCUGGAUGACAUCUGCAUGCACCUGACUAACUACUCCAUUAAUAAGCACAGUUCAAACUUCGUUCAGGAUUCUCACUCUGGCAGCAAGAGGAAACUCUCCACCUUCAACGUGCACAUGGUGACCCAAGGCCACAACGUGGAGCAGAUGUGGAGCGAUAUCGAGGACGUCAUUAUCAAGACCAUCAUCUCGGCCCACGCCACCAUCAAGCACCACUACCACUCGUGCUUCCCCAACCACACGCUCAGCAGUGCCUGCUUUGAGAUCCUGGGGUUCGACAUUUUGCUGGACUGGAAGCUGAAGCCCUGGCUGCUGGAGGUCAACCACUCUCCAAGCUUCUCCACUGACUCCUGGUUGGACAAAGAGGUGAAGGACAGCCUGCUGUAUGACACCUUGGUCCUGAUCAACCUGGGAACCUGUGACAAGAAGAAAAUCCUGGAGGAGGAGAGACAGCGGGGGCGGUUCCUCCAACAAUGUCGUUCUCGGGAGACCAGGAUUGAGGAGGUCAAGGGUUUCCAGGCUGUGUGGUUAGAGAAAACCAAGAAACAUGAGAAGGAAAAUUGUGGAGGGUUCCGGCUGAUUUAUCCCAGUCUGCAUUCGGAGAAGUAUGACAAGUUCUUCCAGGACAACAACUCCCUCUUCCAGAAUACCAUUGCUUCCAGGGCUCGGGAGCUGUACACUCGGCAGCUGAUCCAGGAGCUGAGACUCAAGCAAGAGAAAAGAGCCUCCCGAACCAAAGAGAAGAAGACGGAGGUGCCAGGGGAAUCGGUGGGCGAGCAAACGCGGGCCAAGCACACGGGGAGCUCCAAGCAGAAACAACGGCAGCAGCCUGAGGUCACCCCCCAAGCCUCCAAACAACCCGUGGCCUCGGUGUCCCGCACACCUGAACCACUCUCCGUGGUCAGUCACCCAAAGAAAACCGAAGCGGACAGCGGCCUCGAGGAGGAGGCGCCGAAGCCUGAACCCCGUGGGGCUCUCUCCAAGCCUUCCCCCCCGCGGCGCUACGGCUCUGCCCCCGACCUCAGGAUGUUAGGUCUCGAGUUCCAGGGGGCCAAGUCCGCAUCUGCCGGGAGCAUAUUCACCGGCACUGGGGCGCUGCGACUCGCCCCCUUUACAGUCACGACCUCUGGGCUGGGAACCCGGUGGAUGGCGGAGGACUCCCUGAACCGAGCCGCCCCCGACGCCACCGCCACGCAGGCCCACGGGCCGUCGGCUCCAUCUCGGUCCCCCGCGGUUCCCACGCGAGCUGCGAAGCUGGAGUCGUGUCUCGAGUGUUGA